AACACCCCACGAGAUUACUCUCUACCAAUAAAGGAUCAUCAUCAUCGUCGUCGUCACGGUUCUCAUCCAUCUCUGCAGAUUCUCUUUGUCCAUCGCUAAACGAUGUUGCGAUUACCAAUCCGGCGAGUGAGAACUUUGAGUCCUCAAAUAUUUGCCAUAAAAAGUUGUAAUCAAUCUACCGCUACUGAGCAGUCUUUGAGACAUAGCGAUCCUCCGAGAGUACCAAACCUAGUUGGAGGGAGUUUUGUAAACUCGCAAUCAUCUGAAUUUAUCGAUGUCAUAAACCCAGCGACACAACAAGUUGUUUCUCAAAUACCCUUGACGAAAAAUGAGGAGUUCAAGUCUGCAGUGUCUGCAGCCAAACAGGCUUUUCCAUCGUGGCGAAAUACACCGAUUACCACCCGACAACGUGUUAUGUUAAAGCUUCAAGAACUUAUUCGCAGAGACAUGGACAAGCUUGCCAUUAGCAUUACUACAGAGCAAGGAAAGACAUUGAAGGAUGCACAGGGUGAUGUGUUCCGUGGACUAGAGGUGGUGGAACAUGCUUGUGGAAUGGCAAGUUUACAAUUGGGUGAAUUUGCUUCAAAUGUAUCUCAUGGAAUUGAUACCUACAGCAUUAGAGAGCCGCUUGGCGUUUGUGCUGGCAUAUGCCCCUUCAAUUUCCCGGCCAUGAUUCCUUUGUGGAUGUUUCCAGUUGCUGUUACUUGUGGUAACACUUUCGUUCUAAAGCCAUCAGAGAAAGAUCCAGGGGCUUCUAUGAUACUUGCAGAACUGGCAAUGGAAGCCGGUUUACCCAGCGGCGUUUUGAAUGUUGUACAUGGAACCCAUGACAUUGUGAAUGCUAUUUGUGAUGAUGAAGACGUUAAAGCUAUAUCGUUUGUUGGUUCAAACACGGCUGGCAUGCAUAUAUAUUCAAGAGCAUCAGCGAAAGGGAAACGUGUUCAGUCCAAUAUGGGUGCUAAAAAUCAUGGUAUCGUCAUGCCUGAUGCAAGCACUGAUGCUACUUUGAAUGCUUUAGUUGCUGCUGGGUUUGGAGCUGCAGGGCAGAGGUGCAUGGCUUUGAGCACGGUCGUCUUUGUUGGAGAUCCAAAAGAAUGGGAAAAUGAGUUAGUGAAGCGUGCCAAGACAUUAAAAGUAAAUGCAGGAACAGAACCUGAUGCAGACCUAGGUCCAGUAAUUAGCAAGCAGGCAAAAGACCGAGUCUGCAGAUUGAUCCAGAGUGGAGUUGAAAGUGGUGCUAGACUACUGCUUGAUGGAAGAGAUAUUGUGGUUCCAGGAUAUGAACAAGGAAACUUUGUUGGGCCUACAAUCUUAUCUGGUGUCACCGAAGAUAUGGAAUGUUACAAAGAAGAGAUAUUUGGUCCAGUUCUUCUUUGCAUGCAGGCCGACAGCUUGGAAGAGGCCAUAAAUAUUGUCAACAGAAAUAAAUAUGGCAAUGGAGCGGCUAUUUUCACAUCAUCCGGUGUGGCUGCUAGAAAAUUUCAAACCGACAUUGAAGCCGGGCAGGUUGGCAUAAAUGUUCCAAUACCGGUUCCGUUACCAUUUUUCUCGUUCACGGGCUCAAAGGCAUCUUUUGCGGGUGAUCUCAAUUUCUACGGGAAGGCCGGGGUUAACUUCUAUACCCAGAUCAAGACUGUGACUCAACAAUGGAAGGAUUUACCAGGUGGAUCUGGAGUUUCUCUUGCAAUGCCAACUUCCCAGAAGUGUUGAUAGGUGAAUGUUAAAUAAACCUGAAUGUGAAUCACAUCCCUUGUUUUAUAUGUUAAUUACAUGCACCAACCAUGGAUAUAUUUAUGCAAGGGAGCAUCAGAAAGUAUUGGAGUCAGUUGCCCAACUUUUCUUUAGUACAUGUGGAAUAGUUUGUUUGAGUC